CAAUUCCCUCUUAACAUACACCACCUCAUUAUACAACCUCCAAGUGUACUUCAUUUGGUAGUUCCGUAUUGUUACUGUUACUGUUACUGUUAUGGAAGCUGUACUCCGGUUAGUGGAGGCUCCUCCAUACUACUACGAGCCACCACCACAACACUCUGACUCGUCUCGCCCAACACUAGGGUUUCCUCUCGGUACCGCCAUGCUCUUGAUCAUCAUAUUCAGCCUCAGUGGAUUUUUUUCUUGUUGUUAUCAUUGGGACAAGCUUCGUCAUCUCCGUGGAGCCUCGGAUCCUGGUUUGGAAGACUCGCCUUCCAAACCAAACCCGACAUCCAUGGAGAAGAAUAAAAUAGAUAGUGAGAGUUUGCCGGUGAUAAUGCCGGGAGAUCGAAUUGCAAAGUUCAUAGCGUUACCGUGCCCGUGUGAACCGCCACGACUACAAACGAUCACCCUAGAAGAGGCUCAGAAGGCGCCCAAACCGCCGCAUAUAGUUGUUCCGAUGUAUUGAAGUUGAAGCUAAAUUCCCUCAAUUUUCUUCUGUAUAUAUUUUCGUUUUUGAAAUAUAAAAUCGAAAUUCUUCUUUGAAUUCUCUAA